CUAGGAGACGUAACGUGUUCAACGUCUUCUUCGAAACUGACUAGACCGUUCCACCAUUUACAUUUUGUGCAUCUUGCUUUCGUUUACUUUGCUUCAUCUAAUAUGCGCCCCUCAAUUUACAUUGCGCGUAGUCUGAGCCUUGCCACCGUGUUGAUGGCACUGGGAGUUUCUGCUUCUCUGGAUGAUCCUGAGAUAGUCAUUGAAACCACUUUCCCCGAGAGCAACCCAUUUGGCCACGUGGUGAACGGAGAGCGGAACCAGAUUUUGCUUCUGGUUGAGAACAAGUCUGACAAGAAUGUGACCUUACAGUCGGUUGCGGGGUCGUUCCAUCAUUCCGAGACUGGAACUCUCAUAAAAAAUACGUCUUCACUGGCGUAUGAUAUCCCCCUGCUCGAGGGUUCAAAACUACAAAUACCUUACUCUUUCUACUCUGAAUUCAAGCCGGGAGACUUGAGACUCAACAUCUGGCUAGAGCACACCGUUGAUGACGACAAAUACCGUGUGACAGCUUACGACUCAGUGGUGACGAUUGUUGAGCCUGAACCAUCCUGGCUAGAUCUCAAACUCUUUUCCACCUACCUCAUAGUUUUCGCCGCAUUCGCGGGUGUGACAUAUACAGCAUACAAUGCAUAUGUUCCUUCGCAGAAGCCGAAACGCAAACGUCCAACCCAGGUCAGCGCACCUAUUGGCCCAGUGACCGCGAGUGGUUCGAGUGGCUACCAAGAGGAGUGGAUUCCUGAGCACCACCUCAAGAAGACAAAGGGAAAGAAGACAAAGCCCGACAGCGUUGCGGUCAGCGAGGAAUCGAGCAGUGAGGCAAACGGCACAGAGGGGAAGAGGACGAGGAAGGGAAAGAAGUAAUGAUGGGCAGAGCAAAAUAAUUGUCAACUACUUGACCAUCUUUGCAUCCUAUCGGAUAACUUAUACAGGUGAUGAUUCACGUGCAGCA